CUCUCUAUUAGCCUUCUGAGCCGCUAGCCAGCGCGCAUGGACAUAUAAGAUUGUGAAAGUUUUAUUUAAAUUGUGAUGAUGACGUCCAUUUGUAAAGAGGUUCUUUUUGGAAUAACGGAUAUCAGUGACACCAAAAGUUAAAUUUAGACGCCAAACCAAAUGUGUGAUCUGAGAUAUCAUAAAGUGAGUGUUACAGUGGAAAACUUGACAAAAUCGUACACUAUUGGAUACCAAAGGCAGUGAGAAGAGGUUCCUGGUUUACGUAAAAAAAACAUGAUGCUAUCUAAUGUCAUUAUUUGUGUCGAGUGAAAAGGAAGUAACCAUCAAAAGAAACGGCUGAAUCUUAUUUAUCUUGAUUAUCGAGGGGAUUGCGAACAGGUAUUAAAUACAGAAAAGAGAGACACCACCUUGUCGAUUUCUAUAAGAUAAGCCCUUGUGGUAUCCUCGCACUGAAAGAGAUGAAGACAAUGUGCUGAAGGCCGUGUAAUCAUAUCAUAGGGAUAUAUUUAUACCUGACUGGCAACAUGGGAAGUACUCAGUAUGAAAAAGUAGUGGCGGUUAUCUCGAAGAAACCCGAACUUCGACAGGACUUCGAGAUACAGGGUUUGCUACCAUGGCUGCGGAAGAAAUCCCAGUUAUUCUCGCAAUUGAAAACAGAUUACCUGAAAGAUAUAGUACGAAAUUGUGGAAUGGUUUCUUUCGACAAAGAAGAAAUGAUUAUCAAACAGGGAGAAAGAGGAGACUGUUUCUACAUCAUCCUUGACGGUAAGAUAUCUAUUUUUAUCCUGAACAAGGACAAAGAUGCCGAUGAUGAGGACAGAGCAAUGGACGAAAUUGGUAGCCGGACACCGGAGGGGAGACUGGACAGGAACAAGCUCGGCAAUUUUGUCACACAUCUAGGUUCCGGCGUUCCGUUUGGGGAGGUGGCGUUGAUGUCUGACGACUGUAUUCGUACAGCAUCCAUCAUUUCUGAAGAGAAAACUGACCUUCUAGUCGUGGACAGGGCGCUUUACAACAGAGCUGUUAAGAUUGUUCUAGCCAAAGAAUUUGAAGAAAAAGUUGAAUUUAUCAAAUCAAACCCCUUAUUUGCUAACUGGGCACCGCGAUACAGGAAACAAUUGACCAUGGCCAUGUACAAAGAGACAUUUCCUUAUGACAGUGUUCUGGUUAAGCAGGGGGAACCCGUCACAAACAUAUACUUUGUGAUUAGUGGUCAGGUAGAGCUCCAGAUUGAUCCAUCCCAUCACCAAGUGCAAUACCCGCGGAUUUUCAUGGAGGCCCAGGACGAAUCUGACAGGUUGAUACGGAAACACGAAAAGAUCCGCCCACCAACCGAAACACAGUAUUCCACGUUCGUGAAGAAGAAAGACGCCACCAAAUACUCCAAACUGUGUAUUUUAGGUAUCAACGAAAGUAUAGGUGAAGUGGAGGUGCUAUUGGAUCUACCGACUUAUACACAGACGGCCGUUUGCACCGAGAGGACAGACGUGCUUGUGCUAGAGAUGAAACAUUACGAACGUUUGUUUGUCCGUCGACACCCCCGUACGAUCGAGGCCAUGCGUCAAAUGUUUAAAGUGAAAUUAGAUACGCGGAUGAAUCUUCUUACAAACAAAGAGGAACUGCCAUUUUUAAACCUUUUAAAAGACAGGAUUGAUUCUUACAACAAUCCAAAACCUUCCGCAGAUAAAAAGAAAAAAGAACUGACUUCCGCUUCUGCUGCUGAAAAGGAGUUUUUGAAUCACAAAGGACCACUUAUAGAUAUAUAUGGUCCAGGGAGUGUGUUUUAUAUGAUCCGUAUCAGGGAAAAACACAAACAAAAGUACAAAGCUCACAAGGAACGUGGGAAUUUCAAGAAACCAAUCACAAAUGACAAUGGUCACCUGCACUCUGUCAGGGUACCACAUACACUUUUAAUGGCGGCACAAAUGUCAGGCGCAACAAGAGACUCCGAUGCCUUGAGUGAACGUUCGGAACAUACAACACGAAUUGUAUCUAGCAGGAUUCCUAGUGCACGCUCACUUCCGCAACGAAAUGCGCGGUCUUUUCGGCGGAUUCAGAGUGCCACUCGAGCGACAGAGUCCGAGGAAAAGCAACAAAAUGAUGAUAUUGAAAAGAACAAUGACCAGUACUACGAUGACGAAUUAGACUUGGCAAAGUCUCUACCUGACACUAGACAGGCCACGGUCAUGUUUCCGGACACUAAGGAAGACAUGGCUCUGACGUCAUUGGAAGAGAGAGUUCGGGAAUGGUUAGACAAGGGCAACACUUCACGUGGAUGUCCACAGGUGGCGCAGCUCAGACGACUUCCGAUGCAGAUAAGAAGAAGGAAUUUGACAAUGUUGAACUUGAGACGCAGCCCAAGCCAGGAAACAAAGUGAUAUUGAGGCGACGCAUGCGCUCAAGUGAUCCCCCGGAAAUAGAAAGAACUUUUCACGACGAGGAAACCACUAGAAAUUCCACAGAAUCUAUUGAACAUUUUAAGAUUUUAAUAACCUAAAUACCUUAAUAUAUAUGUAUAAAAACCAUGUACUGAUAUUGAGUCAAAGCGUUCCGCCUGUAAUGGUAAAGUACCCUUGUAUGUGUCUACAUUAUUUAUAAAUUGUUCGUGUUGAUGAAAGAUUAUAUUUAGGUUCCUGAAAUUAAUUUUAAUAAUUAACAUGUAUCUAUCGUUAUGCAUAUAAAUAGUUCAUGCUAUUUUUAUAUUUUGAAAAUUAAAUUUGAUAAAGGCGAAGUUCAUGUUCUUAAUCCGAUAUCAUAUUGACAAGACAACAGAUGAAAUGUUUUAACAGAAUCAACUUGUUAUGUACAGUUUAAACCUCAAACUCAAUUCAACAAAGGUAAAGCCAUUAUCUGUAUGUAUUCCAUAUAUAAACUAUACAAGCCUACGUAUAUAGAAUGGUGUACUGGUAUGAUAAGUCAGGCAGUACCAACCAGAUUAGUCAAUGCUUAACGUCCCAUAAUUCCUUUGUACUUGUCGCAUCAUUAAGGUCACUCAAUACAUAAUUGUAGAAUAUCA